AUGCGGUCGAUUUUCCUCCCGCUUAUCCUUUUCCUAAGCGCUCUUCCUUCAACCGCGACUAAAGUCACAAUCAAGGGCCUCUUGGUUUGUAAUGGAGAGUCGCAGGAAGGUCUCAAAGUAUGGCUUCUUGCCCACGAAUACCCCGACGGAAGACUUCUCUCCAACGUCACAUCGGGAGCGGGUGGAACCUUUGAAAUCAGCGGUGAAUACGAAAAUAGCAACACUUUGAACGUGGAACACUUUUGCAAUCAGAACUUGUCGAGAAUUAACAAAAUUGUAAGAAAUUUUUUGGGUAAUAGCACUUGAUACCGCAAUAUAAUGAAACCAAAGUCGUGCCCUGAUAAGCUCUUGUCUAACAAUUACAGUGGCGGUGAUCCUUGGCAGAAAACGUAUCAUUUUUCAUCCGGGAAGUAUCAAAAAAUGUGGCAAAAUGCCUCCCUCUCCAAGUGAAAAAAAAACUCCGAUUUGAAAAGCUCUUUUUGUGAGGGAAAGGGCACCUUCAAAACGAAGUUUUCUUAGUUGGAGAGGGAGGCAUUUUGCCACAUUUUUUGCGACUUCCCGGAUGCAAAAGGUUUUUUGCCACUGGAUCAGGUUCGCCACUGUAAUAGUUCGGCUAUAGUUUAUUUGGGCAGAUUUUUGGUUUCAUUAUAUUGCACUUGGUAUUAAGUGUUGUUACCCAAAAAAUUGCUUAAAAUUCUGAUCACUUUUCAGUACACCAGAGUCAACGAUGGCUGCAAGGUGAUCAGAACGAUUCCAAUCCGAAUUAUUUGGCAGCGACUUGAACUUGGACGCAAUGUUACGCACGCCGACCUCGGACGAAUAGAAUUGGGAAAUAGAACGGCCGAAGAUAACAUGUGCAUGAGUGAUUUGAGGGUGCAAAAGACUGAAAUUUUCAGUUUGACCAAAGGGAUUCCAACGGAGGAAAGAAAUUCGGCGAUCGUUUAUCCGAGUGAAGAGACGACUACAUUCAACAAUUAUAAUGGUGAUGAUGAUGAUUAA